UGCCUGUGCUUUUCAAAAUAAAGGCUCUGAUGGUGAUCUGUCACAGCAGAGCCCGUCCGCUCCGCAGCGGUGGUGGCGGCUUGGGAUCGGAGAAGGACAUGGAUCUGAAGAAGGACGCCGUGGUGGAGGAGGAUGGGGGGGCCGAGGCGCCACCGCCGCCCCACCAGGAGGAACCCUCUGAGAACGGCGAGAAGGCCAGACCGUGGAAGCUGUCGGUGUUCUUCCUGUGCUUCUACGGCUUCAUGACGGCGCUGAAGCCCGGCGAGGCCUUCAUCACCCCCAACCUGCUGAGCCCCGAGAAGAACUUCACCAGAGAGCAGGUGACCAACGAGAUCAUGCCGGUGCUGACCUACUCCUACAUGGCGGUGCUGGUGCCGACCUUCCUGCUGACGGACCUGCUGCGCUACAAGCCGGUCCUGAUCCUGCAGGCGCUGAGUCAGGUGGUCAUCUGGCUGAUCAUGCUGCUGGGGGACCAGCUGCUGCACAUGCAGCUCAUGGAGUUCUUCUACGGAAUCACCAUGGCGUGCCGGGUGGCCUACUCCUCCUACAUCUUCUCCCUGGUCAGCCCGGACCUGUACCAGCGCGUGGCCAGCUACUCGCGCUCCUCAGUGCUGUUCGGCGUCUUCACCAGCUCCGUCCUGGGCCAGCUGUGCAUGUCUCUGGGGAACGUCUCCUACUCCACCCUCAGCUACGUCUCCCUGGGCUUCGUCGGCUUCGGUUUGCUCCUCUCCGUCUUCCUGCCGUGGCCCAAGCGCUCCUUGUUCUUCAAUCGGACUGCAGGCGGGGAGCGGCCGGCGGCGUCUAAGUCAGAGCUGGACCGGAUGAAGCCGGCGCCGGGGGCGGCGUCCCCCGCCCCGGCCUGGAAGGAGUCGGUGUUUGUGCAGAUGCUGCUGGAGGUGAAGAACGUGGUGAAGAAGCCCCGGAUGAGGCUGUGGUCUCUGUGGUGGGUCUUCAACUCCACGGGAUACUACCUGGUGCUGUUCUACGUCCACAUCCUGUGGAACAAGGUCUACGCCGCCACCGAGAACAAGCACGUCUACAACGGGGGCGUGGAGGCCGCGUCUACGCUGCUGAGCGCCGUGGCGUCCUUCACGGCGGGCUUCGUGAAGAUCCGCUGGAGCGUGUGGUCGGAGCUGGUCAUCGGGAUCAUCACCGCCGUGCAGGCGGCGCUGCUCUUCGUCAUGGGCUACACGGACAACAUCUGGGUGUGCUACGUCUCCUACGUGCUCUUCAGAGGCUUCUACCAGUUCCUGGUUCCCAUCGCCACGUUCCAGAUCGCCUCGUCGCUCACCAAGGAGCUGUGCGCGCUGGUGUUCGGCAUCAACACCUUCCUGGGAACCAUCCUGACCAGCAUCAUCAACCUGAUCUUCUCAGACAAGAAGGGCCUGGGUUUGGACGUGCACGCUCAGUUCCUGGUCUACUUCAUUUACUUCACCUUCCUCACCGCCGUUUACCUCGUCUGCGCCGUCGUGGUCGUCGUCCGCCACUUCAGGAAUCAGCCAGAGGGGGGGGCUGAGCAGCCCACCGAGCUGACCCCCGUGGCGGCGGAAACGGAACCGCUCUCCGGCGGCCGGGACACAAAAGCCUGAGGCGGCGGACCGAGCUCCAGGUUCUAAACAAGGAGCCCGUAUCAUGAAAGUGCCUCCGCAGCUGCGUCAGCCUAGUUUAAUUCAAGGGAUCAUCAGCAGAACAGAACCAGAACCUGAAGGAGGGUAGGGUUCUAGAACCACUCCUGUUCUCCGUGAAGAACCUGCAUCAGAUUACAGUUUAAUAUGCUGGAUUGAAGCGGAUUAGGAGCUGCUGGAUUCUCCUCUGCAGCUUCUGCACCUGAUGGGAUCAAACGUCUGAUUUUAGAUCGAUAGUCUUAAAUCAUCUAAAAAGUAGGAACUGUAGUCUUUUAUCUUUAACUAAUGAUAAAAACUGUAACUUCUAUGAAUGUAAAAAAAGAGGAAAUAAAUCAUUGGAACAAUUAAAAA